AUGGGCACUUCGAUGAAGGCAGCGGUUGACUAUCUAGAUACUGUUGACAAGGAUAUGGCACAAGUCGCCAAGGGGUGGUACAGUAAACUGAUGCAUUGGGCAGAUGAUCCUCAGGAAUGUGGCCUAGAGUAUCUGGCAACUUCCUUUCAGGGGUAUGAGAAAGACGUUGUCGCGAUGCUAAAGGACAUUCUAAGUAAUCGCAUUGAAUACUCUGCAGCACUUGACGAUGGUACGGAGUUCCAUAGUGGAGAGCAGAAUGCCAGAGUUGUCAAAUAUGCCGAACAAUACUAUAAAGCCAUGUAUCGCGGGCAAGACGAGACAUGGAAUCUUCGAGACACCCAUAUGUUUGAAACUCUUACGAGACUUUUGGAACAUCGCGGCAGUGAUUCCAAAGCCAUUGUCUGGGCACAUAACAGCCACGUCGGUGAUGCCCGGGCUACCAGCAUGGGAUGGUCAAGAGAAGAACUCAACACUGGGCAGCUCUGCAAGGAGAGGUUUGGAGUCCAAGCUGUCAGUAUUGGCACAGGCACAAAUACCGGCACGGUGGCUGCAGCCCAGGACUGGGACGGCAACAUGAACAUUAUGGAGCUUCAGCCAGGGCUCCCGGGCAGCUACGAGGAACUUAUGCAUGCCGCGGGCAUUGAUAACAUUGUUCUUGAUCUUCGUAAAGGCAAAUGCGAUGAGAAGCUACCAAAAACACUCAACGAGAAGAGGCUGGAAAGGCUUAUCGGUGUGCUGUAUAGGCCUGAGAUGGCGAAGGCUUCGCAUUACCUAUAUGCCGUCUUGCCAGAGCAGUGUGAUGGCUUCAUCUGGUUUGACAAGUCGAAACACUUGGGGACGUUUGAGGUUCGUCAGCCCAAGUCACCUCGGAAGUACCACGGAACAUGA